AUCUUCAGGCUGAGCAGGGAAAAGCAGGAUUUCUCCCAACAACCCCACUGUCCUCGCCUGCUGUUGGCAAUCCAAGAUAAGGCUACAAAGACAUUGCUGCAAAAUGUCACUAAAAUCUUCCAGAAAGUGAUUUAGCAGCAAUACAAAAAAAUAUUUAAAUUUUUUUUUUUAAUGGGGAAAAUUUUAAUGGAUAUGGCAUUUCAUGCAGCAGAUCACUUUGGUUUGUGGGUAAAAGCUAGUGGAACAGAGUGUGUGUUCAUGUGAUGUUGAGGAAAAAACCUCAAAAAUAGCAUGUUUGGCAAAAGUGACAAAUCAGCUGCACUAACUGAGCUAUCAAAGACAGUUACUGAUGGGGUAAUUUGGGUUAUUUCAGUCUCUUUUGGGAAAAUGAGGAUUAGGAAGAGGCAUAAUUAAAAUAUGCAAAGCCAAAGGGGAAUAGAGAAUAGAUAUUAAGUCACUUUAAAUUAGUCAUUCAUGAGAGGGUGGAGGGGAGAGAAAUGGAUGAAAUUAUACUCUGAAAGGGCCCUGAUAUUCCAUUGUAGUAAAGAGAAAAGCUAUUCAGAGCCUGAGCACAUCUUCUGUGCACACAGAAAUGGGAGAGGAGGAUUGAGGAGCUGUCCAUCCACUGAGGGAGCUGGUCCUGCAGGGUUCCCUCACAUCUGAGGGAAUGUGUUUUUGCAGGGGCACCAUUCCAAGCUCUGCUUUCUGUAAAUUGACAGCAGAGCUCCAGGAGCUGGACCAGGACAAUCCCCAGAACUUCACUGUUGGGAUUGUGAGAGGCACAGUCUUUCCCCCAGGGUUCCCUGGUGUGCUGAAAAUUCCAUCAGGGUGGGCUUUACCCAUUAAUAGACAGCAGAGAUCAUUUCAGCAAGAUGUUACUGAGCAUCAGAAGUCCAGUGCAAAGCUCCUGAAGGCACUGGUUUGUCUACACUAGAGUUCUGUUAUGGAAUCAAAGAAUCCCCUGGAACACGAGUUAAGCCUGAAUCAUUACGGAAACACAGGAUUGAUUUCCAGAUGUUUCAUGUAGGAAUCGGAGUUUGCAUCAGGAGAAGGUUGACAUCUCACUGCUGUAAAGGGAUGUCAGGCUCCAAAAGGAGCAAAACUGAAGCUCCAGCUGGUGAAGCAGCAGCCUGGAACCAUUCCAGAGUGUGAACCUGCAGCCUCUGUGAUGUCAAGGGCCCGCUGGGGUGUCGGUGAAACGUUGGCAAGUCCCCGCAGUGCAAACAGACACUGCUGCUCCUGCCAUGCAGAGCUCCUCAGUGCCCUCCUUCUGCUGGCAUUCCAGGAGGAUCCUUCUCCUCCAGGAGUGCUCUGCCUGCAAACCAGCACAGGUUUUAUCUGAGUUCUGGGUUAUGCUGCUCUGCAAGGUCUAGCACAGCUCUGCAGAAAUGAUCCGGCAAAUCCGGGAUGCAGCGUGUGAUCUGCUGUCUGCCACGUAUGCAAUGUACUUUUAUCCAGAUAAACCCUGGCUGGCAACAGCUCAUCUGGAGAAUCUGGUCACCCAGUUAUCCAGAGGAGGAUACAGGGAAUCACAUCCUUUGGCCACAGCACUGUCACCAGAACCUCAGCUGGCUCUUUCCUUUUCUGGAGAAGAGGAUAGUGACAAGGAAUCUGCAGCUUUUUCCUCAGAAGAAUUUAUAUACACGAGCUCUCUGCUGGGAGCUGAAUGUUCAGAAGAAUACUCCUUUCUCCUGCCUCUUGACUUCAGCAGAAGCGCGAGCGUUCUGGACAGGCUCAGGGUCCGGCCGCAGCAGAAAUCCCAGCUGACAGACGAACUGCUGGAGCGCCUGAGGGGCAUUGUGAACAAGGGGGACCCUAUGACAAGAUACACUAAAUUUGUUCAAGUUGGCCAAGGGGGUUUCGGGACUGUUUACAAAGCCAUGGACCCAGCCUCAGGAGAUGUGGUGGCCCUGAAGAAGAUGCCUCUCCGCAAACGGUGCAGAAAGGAACUCCUGGUCAACGAGAUUCAGAUCAUGAAGGAGAACAGGCAUCCCAAUAUUGUCAAUUAUAUAGACAGCUACCUGGUGGAUGAAGACCUGUGGCUCGUGAUGGAGUAUGUGGAUGGAGGCACUUUAACCAGCGUUCUUGUCCAAGUCCUUAUGGAGGAAACAAUGAUAGCUGCUAUCAGCAGGGAGUGCCUCAAAGCCCUGGAUUUCCUUCAUUCAAAGAAAGUGAUCCACAGAGAUGUCAAAAGUGAUAAUAUUCUUCUUGGAAUGGAUGGAUCUGUGAAACUGACUGAUUUUGGCCUGUGUGCUCAGCUGACCUCGGAGCGGCGCACACGGUGCACAGUGCUUGGCUCUCCUUACUGGGUAGCACCAGAAAUCCUGAAAAGAAAGGAAUAUGACACCCAAGUGGACAUCUGGGCUCUUGGGAUCGUGGCCAUUGAAAUGCUGGAGGGAGAACCUCCAUACUUUAAAGAAAGCCCUGUCCAGGCUCAGCGCCUGAUAGCCCGGAACAAGUACCCCCCUCUGAGGAUGCCCAGCAAGAUGUCCUUUCUGUUCCACGCCUUCCUGCACUCCUGCCUGGACACCAACCCCCGCGUCCGCUGGACAGCCAGGGAGCUCCUGGAGCAUCCAUUUUUGCAAACAGCCGUGAGUCUCUCUGCCCUGCCUGAAGCGAUCCGUAUAGCCAGGAAAAUCUGUAAGGGCAUGGAAGCAAUUCAUGCCAGCUCAGAGAAAAGUUACAAAUAAAACUUUCACUCCUUUGGGAGAUUUGUUCUCACCCGAUGGUUCCAUUCACUUCUGAAUUGAGAGAUAGAAAGUCCCAAUUACAGGGGCUUUGGUGUGGAUUGGAGAUGGGGAAGGGUGUCCAUUCAUCAGCUCCAGCCCACGCUGCUCUGGAAUGCCCAUGGGCUGGGUUUUGCCCAGUUGUGGCACUUCUGGAUGAGAAAGAAAGUGCAAUUGCAUUUCCAGCCAAAACCAGGUGAAGAAUGGGGCAGCCAAAACAUCCUGUUGGAUACACACAGUCAGCUGGGACUGUGGAGUGUUUGGAGAAUUCCCUCUCCUCCCUCCACCUGGCAGAAUGCACUGACACAAAAAAUACAUAAUAUAUAGAGACUACAGAGAAAGAUAUGUAUAUAACAGAUUAUUAAAUGGGGGAUGUGCAAAUGU